UAUCGGCUUGACACAACUGUUUGUGCGAAAAUGGGAAGAGUGAAAAGAUAUUUUAGCAAUGAAUUCUCAAGACAAAAGUGGUCUCUGGAACACGAUGAUGCUUCGCAAUUCUACAUUAGUUCGUUGCAGAGCAGUCGCUCCGCGGUUCCCUUGUUGCUUAUAAGGCUUAUCAUAUUUAUAGGUUGUAUAGGGAUAUUAUUAGCAUCGACAAUACUCACUGGACUAUCAUGGGUCCAUUUUGGCUACUGGCCUGUUUAUUUGACGCACUGGGGACUAGUCUUUAUAACAGUCACUUCCGGUUUCGCAUUUUAUGUGUCUGUAAUAGCUGUCGCUCAAGGAUCUAUUGAUUCAUCGUUAGGUCUACCAUGGUACGUGAAGGCGUACUGGCUAUCGUACAACUCCACAGUUCCGAUUGCAUUAUUCAUUACAGUAUUUUACUGGAUUCUGCUGGCCACAGGAGAGGAAGAAUACGCUAUAAAUCCGGUUCUUGACGUGUUUAUCCACGCCAUUAACUCCGUGCUGAUGCUGAUACUGGUGCUGGUGUCCCAGCAUCCGUCCAACAUUCUGCACGUCUAUCAGCCAAUAGCGGUCACCUUAGUUUACUUAGUGUUCAGCAUAAUAUAUUACUUUGCCGGUGGAACUAAUCCAUUUGGUGGUCAUUUUAUAUACCCACCAUUGGAUUGGGCGAAACCUGGCCCCACUACGGGAGUGGUGUUUGGAUGUGCGUUUGUACUCAUAGUCCUCCAUCUCUGCGUAGUGGUGAUUUCACUCUGCAGAGAUUGGUUCUCCAAGCGAUACAUACGUGACAAUCGGACGGUCUCUAUACAUCCAUAAAGAUAUUAUAAUUAAUCAAUACUAUAUAAGACUAAUAAUUAAUUGUUUCAAUGUGUGCUCUCUUUUUUGAUAAUACAUUGUGA